AAAAAAGAAGCUGUGGGCGUUAUGCUGAUGUGAGUCAAUCAAACCAAACCCAUUUCACUUGGUUGUAUUUAAGUCUUGUCCUCGAUAUUAAACCAAUCGAUAUUGUGUUUUCUUUUCGACACAUUUAUUUUUCUACCAAGUUGGAGUGUGUCAGAUGUUAGUUAUUUGCCAUGGGUGACUGGGCGUACCUGUCCAAACUUCUCCACAAGGUCCAAGCUCAUUCCACUGUUGUCGGAAAGAUCUGGAUGAGUGUCCUCUUUGUGUUCAGGAUCUUCGUGUUGAGCGCUGCUGCAGAAAAUGUUUGGGGUGACGAAUUGUCUGAGUUCUACUGUGACUCUCUCGAACCAGGAUGUAAACACUCCUGCUAUAACUGGAUGUUCCCAAUGUCUUAUGUGCAUUACUGGGUACUGCAAAUCACUUUUGUGUCAACCCCCACACUGGUCUACCUUGGCCAUGCUGUCUUCAUCAUCCACAAGGAGAAGAAAAUGAUCGAGCUGGAGCAGAGCAAAAUCAAUGGAAACAAACCAAAGACACCUAAAUACACUGAUGAAAGAGGGAAGGUGAAAAUUAAAGGACUCUUAUUUUCCACAUACAUGACCCAGCUCGUAUUUAAAAUAAUCCUGGAAGUUGGGUUCACCAUCGGACAGUUCUAUGUCUUUGGCCCUCUAAAAGUUGUCUCGGAUUUCCAUUGUAAGAAUUCACCACCUUGUGCUCAUGAGAGCGGAUCCAGGUGUUAUAUUUCCCGCCCUACAGAGAAGACCAUCUUUAUCUACUUUAUGCUUGUGGUUUCUGGUAUUUCAGUACUUCUCAAUAUUGUUGAGAUGGUGUACCUGCUGUGUAAUAAAAGGUAUAGCGCAAAGAAACACCUCGCAGCUCAAGCUCAGGUGCUCACGGCGACGCCGUGUGCACCAACCAAGCCACCAUGGGGAACCAUGAGAAACCAAUAUGGAGGCUUAGGCUACCCUCUGUUGCCUCUCCAUCCUCAGGUCACCACGUGCUUAAGCAACGAUGAUAGUCACAUCCACUCAGAGUGAAAACAAGGGAAACUUAAGUGUACGAUUUUUUUUUCUACUGCUGCCUUCAAAGGUUCAUGUCAACUUUUUACAUUUGAAAUAAAAUUACAUUGAAUGUCACAAGCUUUAUUUUAAAGGCCAAAUCUUUCAUGUGAACUGAUGUAAACAGAUGCAAGCUACUCUUGUAGAAAGUCCUAAAACUUUAUUUGUUGUUCACUGUUCCACUUUUACUUGGCUCUGUAAUUUGAGGUUGAAGUGCUUGUCAAUUAUAUUGUCCCUGAA